AUGCCUGAUGCUAAAAUUAGUCACAUUUUGUCAUUCAGUAGUGAAGAUUCAACGCACGUUGCUGAGAAUCUGCUAAAGCAAGAGAACGCUCGUAAAUGGAACUGCGCGAAUGCAGGAGAAAAGACGGCGUCGGUGAUUUUGCAGCUUGAAAAGGCGACGAAGAUAGAAGGCAUUGAUAUAGGCAACGAUGGCUCAGCAUUUGUAGAGGUACUUGUCGGUCGUUCUGGUUCACAAAAUUCUGAUGGUGACUAUGAGGUACUGCUAGUGACGUCAUCAUUUAUGAGUCCUUCAGAGAGCAAGUCUGGUGCGAACAAGAGCAGAGUUAAGAUGUUUGGAAAGCAAAUGCUGUCAAAGGUAACUGUUGAUCAGAAGUGGGAUCGAGUGAAGAUCAUUUGCACGCAACCAUACAACAAGAAUGUGAAGUAUGGAUUGGUGUUCGUACGCCUGCAUGGGCCACCGGACGAAUCAGACACAACAAACACAACAAAUAAACAGCAAGUCACAUUUGGUGCGUUCAAACUGCGUGAUGAUGUUGAUAUGGCUAGUCUACGUGUUGGCUCGCUGUUUGAAAGCCAGAAGGCUUCAUCGCCCUUAAAACUCUCUGUAGCUGCUUCUGCAAGAGCCGCAUCGACGUUGAGUAAUUCUGCAUCUUGUGUAAGAGAAGCUGUGCCGACAAAGACAAUGGAAAGUGUGGAAAGGCCAGUGAAAAUUUUGGAUGAGGCAAGUGUGAAUAAGGCGAGUGUACACAAGGCAAGCAAUGAGCCACCGGCAAAGAAGGCAAAGUCAUCAUCACUAAGGACCACCAACCCAUCCUCAGUGCCGUUCAAUGAGAUAAUGAAAGGAGUUCGCUUUGCUUUUAGUGGGUUCAAGAAUCCGUAUCGUGGUGAGCUUAGAGACAAGGCUCUUGCCUUGGGAGCAAAAUAUGAACCUGACUGGGGUUCGAGAUGCACUCAUUUGGUUUGCUCGUCCACAGUCACACGUCUGAAUAUUAUCACACAAAGGCAAGGGAAGUCCAAGUCUCAGGUGUGCUUUUCCAAAUACACCAAAUUCAAUCAAGUAAAAGCUGAACGUGGCACUGGAGUUAUUGUGAAACAAGAAUGGAUUGUUGAUUGCUACAAACGGAAAAUCAAGUUGCCUUCUAGUCGUUACACGUUUGACAGACCAGCCUCAGACUCAUCAUCUGAAUCUGACUCGGAUAACAUGGGAAUGUCAGCAAUAGCAAAGCAACGACUUCCUAAAGCAUCGCCAGUGAAACAACAUACAAAUGUGAAAACAGAUUGUGCAAGCAGUGAACAGAGAGCUACGUUGACAACUGAUCAACAAAUUCAGGACAGUAGGAAGGAAGAUGACGGAUCCAGUAAUGAGAUGUCAGACCAGAAAGUGUCGGUAGCAUCUAAAGUGACAAAGGAAGUCGAACUGAAGCCGGAACAAAAGACAAACCCUCAGACAAAGAAAAAAGCACAAGGAGCUCGAAUUCAAUAUGACACAGACUGCAAAGACACGGAUGAUGAAAUUAGAAAAGUUCAGAAUGGUGCAAGCAAAGAAUCAGAGGCAUCAAAGCAACAGCACCAAACGAAACAAAAAGCAGCUGAUGUAGAGGAUGCAUCAGAUAAGGAAGGAAGAGAUGUUGAGCCAUUGCCAGACCUCUUCACCAACCAGCAUUUCUUACUGUAUGGAGACUUUGAGGAGGCAGUUCGUCGACGAAUUGUCAAGUAUAUAAUUGCGUACAACGGUUGUGUUGAAAACUAUAUGAACAGCUUGGUUUCUUUCGUCAUCACUGCAUCAAACUGGAACGAUGAGUUCGACUCGGCUCUAUCUGAUAAUGCAUCCUUAUCGUUCGUGAAGCCACAGUGGAUAUUUGAGUGUCACAAACAACAGAAACUCUUGCCACACCAGAAGUAUGCAGUCGUGCCAACAUAACAGCUCGUUGUCAUGUAGCCCGUUUUCAAGUGUAACAUCCAAAUGCGUUGCAUGAAGAAACAUUGUGAUGUGCAAAUUAUCAUGUGCUCCACCCUGUUAUUGAUAUUAAUGAGGUGACAGCUAAUGUACUUCGAGUGGAUGGAUGGAUGGGUGUCAAUGGGUCUUGUACAAUGUGUCUUGUAUGAAUACAUGUGUGUAUACACGAUUACAG